UUACAUAUUGGCUAUAAUUUGCAGGUUUCUGCCGAGAACAGGGGAACGUCAACCCCCUCUAUACGCUGCCGAAGCGUCAUGCAGAGGAUGGGAGGAUACAGAGAGUGGUGGUCGGUCCAUAACAACCCCUGUAACGGAGGCUGAAAGGUACCGCCUAAAAACAUGUGCAUUUAUUGGAUAUGUGUUGUUGCUAGGGGCGUGGAUGUGUGUCUUUAAAAUUGAAUUGUCUCCUUGCAAUGGAAAGUGUAAUUUGAGAGAGACACCGCACAAAUACAGCCCGAACGAACGGUGAGGUGCUCUGAGCACGUCAUCCACACUGGGAGAAUACCGUGCCGCAGUGAGCAAACAAUCUGAUCGCUUCUAUUCCGCUCCCGGACACCGCUGAACAGAACUUCUCCCCAGCGGAGGCGAAUAGUUAACGGAGUGAUGCGAUGGGGACGAGGCUUGAUGUGGAGGUCACACGUCCCUGAUUUCAUUCUGCUUUUAAACCAAGAAAAAACUGUAAUGAAUACUCAAUAGCCAGCUACGGGAUCGACUAGCAUCCGAUUAUAGCGGUCACAGCUGCGCACCUGACAUUUACAUGUGAUGGUUCUUUUGAGGGAUUAGAGAGAGACAGGGAACUAUCCUGGCACUACAACUGUCCGUGAGUGUUUAUUGUAAUUGUAGCAGUUCUACCUACCACGAGUUCUGCUUCUACACUGUAACCAAUUCGAUCCGUUGAGAAAGCAAUGUUGCAAUAAACUGCAUAAAAUAGGAAUGAAUUACAUUGUAAUUUAUUGACGCAACAUUUCAAUUGGCUGGCUGGAUGGAUUUGUGAUAAGCUGAGCCGCAUUAAAUCAAGCAGUGGCACCAUUGCACCUGUUAUAAGAGUUUGUCAUCAAUUGGUAUUUGGUAAAUAUGCCAGAUAUCUCAAGUGAGAUUAUUAUUUUAAGGAUAGUAUAAAGUUUCCUAACUGCGUCAGUGCAGGCGAACGUUGAAGGUAUGCACUCCCUCACCGCUGGGGAAGGACCAUAAUAGUAGUCGCCUCUGAAUGUCACCGGUAAGUGUCUAAACAUUUCCCGGGGAUGGAUUCCGGGGACGACCCGGGCUCGGACUCGCCACUUGGAUCCACAUUCUCCUCGGUACCCAAUUUAGACUCUGACAUCAAUGACAAGAGGCCUAUCUAUGAGAACGGUGGACAGCGGAAUGUCAACAUAGAAACGGCAGUGCUGCGUGGAGCAAGCGACCCGAGCGCGUCUCCCUUAUCGGACUACCGGGGACUCGUCCGCCAGAGGUUCAUUCGCAGAAGUUUGUGGUUUUUGGACACGGACGACCAAGCGUUGGACGCGCCAGAAUGCGGUAACAGCACUCCAGUGCUCAGCGUCCACCUGCGCACCAUCGUGGACCGAACCCGAACCCUCGCGAUCGAACCACGCGUGGCUUUCCAGGUCCAGGAGAGCUCGAGCACCGAGAGCCAAGUGGGGCAGAAGGACAGCGCAACUGAAAGUGUAAGCGCUGAUGAGGAGAAGGAGAGGAGCGCGGCUGAGCCAAAACCAGAUGAUGCAGCUGAACCAUUGACUGAUACCACUGGGAAAGCUGGGAGUGAUGAAAACGAGGAUGAGAAGGAGAUGAAAGCCGUGUCCACCUCACCCGGGGGCAGGUUUCUCAAAUUCGAUACUGAGCUCGGGAGAGGGUCUUUCAAGACUGUCUACAAAGGUCUGGACACAGACACAUGGGUAGAAGUCGCUUGGUGUGAACUUCAGGACCGUAAACUGACUAAAGCGGAGCGUCAGAGGUUUAAGGAGGAGGCAGAGAUGUUGAAGGGUCUCCAGCACCCCAACAUUGUGCGUUUCUAUGACUUCUGGGAGUCACCGGUCAAAGGGAAGAAGUGCAUUGUUCUUGUGACAGAGCUCAUGACCUCAGGGACACUAAAAACGUAUCUGAAGCGUUUUAAGGUGAUGAAGCCCAAGGUUCUGAGGAGCUGGUGUCGACAGAUCCUGAAGGGCCUCCACUUCCUCCACACCAGGACCCCUCCCAUCAUCCACAGGGACCUGAAGUGUGACAACAUCUUCAUCACCGGCCCCACCGGUUCCGUCAAGAUAGGAGACCUGGGAUUAGCUACGCUGAAGAGGGCAUCCUUCGCCAAGAGUGUCAUCGGCACCCCAGAGUUCAUGGCCCCUGAGAUGUAUGAGGAGCACUAUGAUGAGGCGGUGGACGUCUAUGCCUUUGGGAUGUGUAUGUUGGAGAUGGCCACCUCAGAAUACCCCUACUCCGAGUGCCAGAACGCUGCUCAGAUCUACCGCAAAGUCACCGGCGGGGUGAAGCCUGCCAGCUAUGAUAAGAUCAGUGACCCAGAGAUUAAGGAGAUCAUCGGGGAGUGUAUCUGCCAUUGGAGGGAAGAGAGGUACACCAUAAAGGACCUCUUGAACCAUGCCUUCUUUGCGGAGGACACAGGCGUAAGGGUGGAGCUGGCCGAGGAGGAUGAUGGGAAAAAGAGUUCCAUCGCCCUCAAGGUGUGGGUGGAGGACCCUAAGAAGCUGAAGGGGAAGUACAAGGACAGCGGGGCCAUCGAGUUCACCUUUGACCUGGAGAAAGAGACCCCAGAGGGUGUGGCCCAGGAGAUGGUGGAGUCGGGCUUCUUCCUGGACAGCGAUGUGAAGAUAGUAGGAAAGUCCAUCAAGGACCGAGUGGCUCUCAUCAAAUGGAGGAGGGAUCGGACCGUCCCUGCAGUCGAGACCCAGACCCAGAACCUGCUACAGUUACCCAGCAUGGGGUUACCACCACAGGGGGCGCCACUGGCCCCAGCAGAGUCUGAGGAGGAAGAGGGUGACCAGCCCCUUACCCUGUUCUGCAGCCCGCCGACCCCAUACAGUCAGCACAGUGCCCCCUACCAGUCUCUCCCAGAGCCCAUAUCUACACCCCAGGUCUACAGCCCACCUGUGCAGUCCCAGGCCCAGCUGCACCAGGCGGCCUACCAGCAGCCCACUGCACAGCCUCCGCAGGUGGCCUACUCCCAAGCUACUACCACACAGUUUCAUCAGGGGGCCUACCAGCAACAUACAGCACAGCUGCACCAGGGGGCCUACCAGUCUCCAACUCCCAGUACAGGAUUGACCCAGCCCCAGGCUCAGCAUAUCUCUGCUCCAGCCAUCCCAGGGCCUACAGUACAUAAGAGCAGACCAGCUGCAAUACAGAGCUUCCCAGCUGCUGCCCAUAUCCCCACUGGACAGGCACAGGCACAUACUGCUACUGCCCAGCCCAACCAGGAGUUGUCUACCAGUCAGCCUCUACCUGAGCAGUGCUCUGACAUCACCACCAGUCUUGUCCAAUCAGCUGCCUCCCUGGACAGCAGUGCUCCUCCCCCUCUACAGCAGCCUGCCCAGGCCACACCCCCUCUCCAGCCACUACAGAUCAAGACACAGAUCCAGACUGGUGCCCCUCAGGACCCCCAGGAAGAGGCUCCGGUGUCAGCACUGGCCCCGCUGCACCCCGUCCAGCCUGCCGUCCUGUCCCCUCCUUGGAAGGGGAAUGUGGUUGACCCCGACCCUGCUGCUACAGCCGGGUCUGAUCAGACACUCCCUGAGAGCCCAGCCCCGGCCCCACCCCUGGCUCCGGCCUCGGCUCUGGCUGUAGCCCUGCAGCAGGCUGGCACCCAGAAAGGUGCCAGCCUGCCCACGACUCAGCAGAACCUGGACACUGCGUCCAUAUCUACCGUUUCCCAACCUGAGGCACGUCAAGAGGAGCCAGUGCAAGAGAAACCCAUGGCGUUUCACAGUUAUGCAGGCUAUGACAGCUUCAACUCAGAUGUGGCGUCGGGUAAGGAGAUGAGUGAUGGCUACGAUGGCUCGGCCAGCAGCGGGAAGGGGGACGGGAAGCCCCGGAAACACCACCGCAAGUCGACCCGCACGCGCUCACGCCAAGAGAAGACCAACAAGCCCAAACUGAGCAUGCUCAAUGUGAGCAACACAGGCAAUAAGAUGGUGGAGUGCCAGCUGGAGACCCACAACCACAAAAUGGUAACCUUCAAGUUUGACCUGGACGGAGAUGCUCCAGAAGAAAUUGCUAUUUACAUGGCAGAGAAUUUCUUCAUCCUACCCAUAGAGAAGGAGAUGUUCAUUGACCAGUUGAAGGACAUCGUAGACAAGGCUGAGGACAUGCUGAGUGAGGACAUGGAGGGAGAGACGGACUCCGCUUUGGGGGGCAGUCCCCAACUGGGACACACCUCUUGGGGGCCGGGGGGAGAGAGUCAGCAGCCUGGAGCACCCCAGCCUGUUUAUCAGCAGAAUGUGCUUCACACUGGGAAGCGAUGGUUCAUCAUCUGCCCAGUGGAGGAGACUCCCACCUCCAACCAGGAUGGGACUGCAAACAUGUCUGCCGAUGGGACUACAACUACUCAACAUGAUGGGACUACAACUACUCAACAUGAUGGGACUACAACUACUCAACAUGAUGGGACUGCUCAGCCUGAUGGAAGUGCGGUGCCAGGCAAGUCUGCCAAUGGUGGCACUGCAGGGACUGCUUCAGGCAGAGUAUCAGCGUCCUCCUCCAUAGCUAACUCUGUGUCUGGGGGGAGUGGAGGCUUCAACUACGAGGGCUAUGGCCUCUGUAGCCCUCCCAUCCUAUCCUCCACAGACCCUCUCCUCCUGGCUAUGUCCCAUGUCUCAGCUCCCUCUGGCCCCCCAUCUGUCCACCCAGGCCAUCCUCCAGAGGGCCAGGUCCACAGCUCUACCCUGCCCAGGCUGCAUCACACCCAGUCAGCCUUGGCUCUGCCAGCUGCUCCCUCUGAAGGUCCCCGUAGCUCCCUGCCUGGAGAGGAGCACCAGGGGGGAGGGCGUCUUGGUGCCAUCUCCCCCAUCCUUGCCGUCCAGCAGAUGGCGGAGAUGGCAUGUGCUGCCUCGAUGGUGGAGGAGGUGCCCUGCUGCCCACUGGCCAUGCCAAUGUCCCUGGAUGUGAGUGGUGGAGCCCAGGGGAACGCAGCUACUCUCACCCCUCUGCUCUCCCAGGACUCUUCUACCUCCUCGGCCAGAGAGUCCCUCCAACUCUCCUACCCCUCUGUUGCCCGCCCUGACCGCUCCCAGCCGCCUGUGGUGCUCCAGCAGCCCUUCUCCAUGGGUGGAGCAAAGGCCCCCUCGCUGCCCCAGAGCCCUGCCCCCCACCAGCACACGGCAGGGGGGCCCAGUGAGUCGGAUGGGGAGGGGCGAGGGGUGGGGGGCCGAGGGGGCUUUGUGGACAGCACCAUCAAGACUCUGGACGAGAAGCUGAGGAACCUGCUGUACCAGGAGUACGCCCCCAUGUAUCCAUCAGGCAGUGCUGCGGAGACGCCAGGCUCGGGGACGGAGUACGUCCAAUCUCCUCCUGGGCCAGACAGCGCCACCUUGGGUUCAGGAAGCAGCACCCCCCUACCCAUGGGGGAAGGGCGCUACUGGACAGGGGAACAGCUGCCUCAGAUUCCAGAAAGGAUGGACAGUUUGAGCACGUUGAGUGAUUCUGCGGUGUGUGCUCCCAUGUCUAGGAGACAAAACGUACCACACUCUACCUCCUGCUCUGGCUCUGGAUCCAGAGGCCAGUUUAAGAUGAUCACAGGCCUUCCUGAGGUGGUGACGCAAGAAGAGCGGAAGCAGAGGACUUGGAGCAGCGCUGCCUCCCCGGUGCACCCUGCUGGCCAUCUCUCAGACCACCGCAGCGCUGCUUCCCCGGCGCACCCUGCUGGCCAUCUCUCAGACCACCGCAGCGCUGCUUCCCCGGCGCACCCUGCUGGCCAUCUCUCAGACCACCGCAGCGCUGCUUCCCCGGCGCACCCUGCUGGCCAUCUCUCAGACCACCGCAGCACUGCUUCCCCGGUGCACCCUGCUGGCCAUCUCUCAGACCACCGCAGCGCUGCUUCCCCGGCGCACCCUGCUGGCCAUCUCUCAGACCACCGCAGCGCUGCUUCCCCGGCGCACCCUGCUGGCCAUCUCUCAGACCACCGCAGCGCUGCUUCCCCGGCGCACCCUGCUGGCCAUCUCUCAGACCACCGCAGCACUGCUUCCCCGGCGCACCCUGCUGGCCAUCUCUCAGACCACCGCAGCGCUGCUUCCCCGGCGCACCCUGCUGGCCAUCUCUCAGACCACCGCAGCGGUGCCCAGGCCGCCUUCACCAUUAUCGGACGUUUCUCAGUGGUCAGCACCGAGGACGACGUCACCCUGAGGACCUGUGGCAGCCGCUACUCCGCCCCGCCAGACUUCUACCUUGAUACACCCCCCGCCAUGGCCAAACGGGGGCCGUUGCCACACGCCUCCACAUCCACCUCCGUGUCUGUUGAUGUUACAGUCCACGCUCACGCGCGCUUCUUGUCCUCGGACUCGGGGGCGGAGAGUAGUCCGGCCAAGCUGGCCCCGGCCACGCCCUCACGCCACGGUCGCUCAGGGGAGCGUAGAGGAAGUGACCUCAUGAAGAGAGCGGUGGCUUUCCUGCGCCGUUCAGGCCGUAGUAGUAGUGUGCAGAGCUCUGAUUCGCUGAGCUGGCAGAGGGGCGUGCAUGGCUCGGCCUAUGUCAGCAGUGAUAAUGACUCUGAGAUAGAGGACUCGGAUAUGAAGAGAGAGCUGACCAGACUCAGGGAGAAACAUUUAAAGGAGCUCUCGGAGCUGCAGGCGCACCACAGAGGGGAGAUAGAGCUGCUGUACCGCAGGCUGGGUAAAGCCACCUCACCCUCCCUGGGUCUCUCUCACACACUUCCCCCCAAGCGGAGGAGCAAGCACAAGCACAAACUGAAGGCUGGAAAACUCCUCAGUCCUCUGGUACAACAGCUGAGGCAUGUCACCACCAAAACCAGCGACUCUGGCAAAACCAGUGAGCCUACAGUCAGUCUGAACGGGUCUCCAGCCAAAGCUCCAGUAGAGUCAGACAGACGAGCCCGUUCAGGUACCAGUCACUUGGAUACGUUCACCUCCACCUCUGAACCCGUCCAGACCAAGCAGCCCUGCUCCCUCAAGGGUUCCCUCUCUUCAGACAACAUCUACGCUGGAGCUGGACUACAUGGAGAGAGGACAGGACCACAAGCUUCACCAGGCCAAGGCUGGCCGUCUUACCCUCCACCACCAGAGAGAGUGACCUAUAAAUCCAGUAGCAAACCACGCGCUAGAUUCCUCAGUGGGCCUGUGUCUCUGUCUAUCUGGUCAACUCUGAAACGACUCUGCCUUGGAAAAGAACGUGGAAGGGGGACUGGAGCAGGCCCAGGCCCAGGUGCAUCCACCCAGCCUCCCCAACAACAGACAGCCAGCGCUACCCCUCCUCCCCACCAGCCAGUAGCAGGGUUGGCCCAAGCCCAGGCCAACAACAGCAACAACAAGACAGGCACCUACACCGGCACCUAUAUGGGCUCCUACACAGAGUCCUUCACAGACUCCCCUCACAGGAUAGUGGAUGAUUGGACCAUGGAGGCCCUGGGUGUCGCCCGGCGCCCGCGGACCAGCUCCCUCAGCCUCAGUGGGCAACCACUUUGGAACGAGGACCCCAGGGGGCCCAGAACAAGAGACAGACUGUUCAGCGCUCCAGAUGCACCUGCCAGGACAGCCCCUGGCUCUGAAGGCCCCCAGCUCCCCCUGUCAUGGCCGAUGAUUGACAACCAGGCCCUGGGCUCAGUGAUGAAGACCAGCUCCCCGAGACAGGCAGGGUUCCAUCCUGGCUACGUGCUGGCCCAUUCAGGCCCAGACCUGUUUGGGGGGCUGCUGCUCUCGCCCCUCUCGCCCCUCUGUGUAAGCCUUUGGCCUGAGCUGCUGUCCCCCUUGAGUUCAGGGGUGUUUGCUUUACCUGCCGUGCCCCCAACCUGGGGCACCACCACCCCUGGUCCACCCUACGAACCACCCGACCCCAAACCCAGGAACCUCUAACCCCUGUACCACCAUGUCUUCCAACUAUAUUUCCAAAAUGAGUUAUAUGUAGUUAGAACUCUAGUCUUCCCUUACCACAAUGUAAACUGUUUCUAUUUAACCAGCAUCUAUGUAUAUAAUAAGUAUUUGUAUACACACUAAGUGUAAAAAACAUUAAGAACACCUUCCUACUAUUGAGUUGCCCCCCACCUUUUGCCCUAAGAACAGCCUAAAAUCGUUGGGGCAUGGACUCUACAAAGUGUCGAAAGCGUUCCACAGGGAUGCUGGCCCAUGUUGACACAGUUGUGUCAAGUUGGCUGGAUGUCCUUUGGGUGGUGGACCAUUCUUGAUAAACACAGAAAACUGUUGAGCGUGAAAAACCCAGUAGCGUUGCAGUUCUUGACAUAGACUGGUGCGCCUGGCACAUACUACCAUAUCCCAUUCAAAGGCACUUAAAUAUUUUGCCUUGCCCAUUCACACUCUGAAUGGCACACAUACACAAUCCAUGUCUCAAUAGUCUCAAGGCUUAACAAUAUUUUUUAACCUGUCUCUUCCUCUUCAUCUACACUGAUUGAAGUUGAUUUAACACGUGACAUCGAUAAGGGAUCUUAAUAACUUUCACCUGGAUUCACCUGGUCAGUCUGUCAUGGAAAGAACAUGGAACGUUCUUAAUGUAUUGUACACUCAGCGUAUGCUGUUAUCAAUGUGUGUGACAUUAUCAACCUCAAUUGACAUACCUCAUAUUUAUGUACAUAAGGGACAUAUGUCUAUCUUAUCACCUGUGAGAAUGUGCUGUAGUGUAUAUAAAUAAGGUGUAUGUGCAUAAUCCAUUCGUUUGUUUGUGUAUAAAGCUUUUGUGUAUUUACAUUAUCUAUUUGUAUAUUAUUCAUUCAUACUGUAUGUCUUUGUACAUAAAUUGUUCAUGUUUGUGUGUAAAUCACCCAUAUGUGUGUACAGUAUGUGUAUGUAUAUACAGUAACCCUGUGUGUUUUUGUGUGCGCGUGUGUACAUUAGGUGCUGCAGGGCUCUGUCCUAACUCAGCAGAGAGCCAUUCACCAUCUUGCCAUCACUGUGAAGCCUUGUCACCCUGGUUACCAGCCUGGUCACCCUGGUUACCAGCCUUGUCACCCUGUUUACCAGCUGUGUCAUCCUGGUUACCAGCCUGGUCACUCUGGUUACCAGCUGUGUCGCCCUAGUUACCAGCCUGAGCCCCUAGUUAAAAGCCUGGUACCCCUGGUUACAAGCCUGGAUUAUCUGGUUACCAUGACCCUCUGCUUUAUUACUCUGCUAUUUAUGUUGUAAUAUAUUUCAGCUUCCUCAAACUUCAUUGAAAUGCGUACAACACAAGUGCUUGAAAUAGUCUGAAGAAAUGUGGAAGAACUUGAACUUAAAGUGCCUUGAACAGUAGUUUCAAUUAACUCUGGAGACGAGCAUGAGGCCAUUUGAGAUAAGAUAGGAUAAUGUGGUCAUGUGUAUGGUUUAGCCUUCAGAGGUACUACAUACAUUUGUGUGAUUCACUUAUGAAUGUUGUAUUUAGGGAAAGAAACUGGUUGGUUAGUUUUAGGUUGCCAAUUUAGAAUGUUGGGAGCCUGACCAUGUUAUUGGUUGUUUUGUGAAUAUUAUAAUAACAGAUGGUAAAGUAUCUCCUUUAGCACUGUAAGAUUCACACAGGGCACUGAAGCUAUGUUGGUCCCUUUGUCCAGAAGCUUGUACAAAGCAAUAGCUACACAAUUUUUCUCAACACUUACCACAACCUGCAUGAACACACACUCUGAAGCUUGCACAGGAUAAAAGGUGGAGAGUCAGACCUUAGCAUUCUCUGGGUGAUAACUAGUGUUACUUGGCUGUCAUUAAGUGAGUAAUAAUUUCAUUGUUAGUCCACACCUGUUGUUUAUGAAGCAUGUGACAAAUACAAUUUGAUUUGAUUUGAUUAACACCAUGCAAUAAACAGUGGAUGUUUCAUACUGUA